AUGAAAUUAUUAUUUAAAAUAUCAACUUUACUUUUAAUUAUAAUUCUUUGUAAUUUUUUUAAUUUAAUAUAUGGUUUUCCUGGAUCAUAUUCAGGAUGUUCAUCAAUAUCAUAUUCACAAAAUGAGCUUGACACAAUACCAGCUUCAUUUGAUGUUAGAACGAAUUGGGGUGAUUGUAUGUCACCAGUAAGAGAACAACAGAGUUGUGGUAGUUGUUGGGCUCAAGUUACAUCUGGAAUUUUAGCAGAUAGAAUGUGUAUUGAAAGUGAUAAAAAUAUUAAAAUGUUAUUGUCACCACAAUAUUUAAUGGAUUGUGAUGGAAGCUGUGUUUCCGAUGGUGUAAGUGGUUGUAACAAUGGUUGUAAGGGUGGUUUCGUUGGUCUUGCUUUAACUCGUUUAAUUAAUGAAGGUAUUGUUUCUGAUGAGUGUCUUAGUUAUCAAGCUUCAAAAGAUUCUUCAUGUCCAACAACUUGUGAUGAUGGUUCUCCAAUUUCAAAUACAACCAUUUAUAAAGCAACUAGUUGCAGAGCUUUUCCAACUGUUCAAGAUGCUCAAUAUGAAAUUAUGACAAAUGGUCCUGUCAUCGCAACCUUUAUGUUAUACAGUGAUUUUAAACCACAUAAAUGGGAUGUUUACAUUAAAUCUUCAAAUACUCAAGUUGAAAGUCAUGCAGUAAGAGUUGUUGGAUGGGGAACUACAAGUGAUGGAGUUGACUAUUGGAUUGCUGCUAAUAGUUGGGGAACUGGAUGGGGUGAUAAAGGAUAUUUUAAAAUUCGUAGAGGUAGUGAUGAAGCAGCUUUUGAAGAAGGCUUCAUUACUGUUACUGCUGAUACUGCAUCAGUCCCAACUUCACAAUAUGGUUUGGAAUAUCAAUUUGGAGGAAAUUCUUCCACAUUCUUAAAACCAUCCUUUUUAAUUUUAUUAACUUUAAUUGUUUUAUACUUUUUAUUAGUUCCAAUUAUUUUAUCAUAA